AGAAUCAUAGUGAAAUGAGCAAAUGAGAAAGCAGCAUGAAACCGACGUGUAAUGAUCAGAAAGAGACCAAACGACAGGAGCGCCAACCGUCACGAACGGUCAAGCUUCUGGCAAAAAUGUACCAACCUCCGAGCUCUCAAGCAAGUCCACGCUUCCAUGGUCGUCAACGGCUUCAAUUCAAACUAUUCUGCUAUCAGAGAACUCAUCUUCGCUGGUGCUAUGGCUAUUUCAGGCACCAUAGAUUAUGCCCACCAACUGUUCGUUCAUGUUGCUGAACCAGAUACCUUCAUGUGGAACACCAUGAUCAGAGGCUCAGCUCAGAGCCAGAGCCCAUUAAAUGCGAUUGUUCUGUAUACCCAGAUGGAAAAUCGGCAUGCAAGGCCCGAUAGCUUCACUUUCCCGUUUAUACUCAAGGCCUGCACUAAGCUUUCUUGGGUUAAGAUGGGUAUGGGGAUUCAUGGGAAGGUUGUGAGGUUCGGAUUUGAGUCGAAUACGUUUGUUAGAAAUACCCUUAUUUAUUUCCAUGCUAAUUGUGGGGAUUUGAAGAUUGCGAGCGAGCUUUUUGAUGCUUCGGCGAAGAGGGACGUUGUGCCAUGGUCAGCUUUGACAGCAGGAUAUGCAAGAAGGGGGAAGUUGGAUCAGGCCAGGCAACUUUUCGACGAAAUGCCUGUUAAAGAUUUGGUUUCUUGGAAUGUGAUGAUUACAGGGUAUGCAAAGCAAGGGGAGAUGGAGAGUGCAAGGAAGCUCUUUGAUGAGGUUCCGGAAAGAGAUGUGGUGACUUGGAAUGCAAUGAUUGCAGGUUAUGUACUUUGCGGGUCGUAUGAGCAGGCACUGCAGAUGUUCGAGGAGAUGAGCAGUCUUGGAGAAAAGCCUGAUGAAGUGACCAUGUUGAGUCUUUUGUCUGCUUGCACAGAUAUUGGAGAUUUAGAUGUUGGGCAAAAGAUACAUUCUGCCCUUCUGGAGAUGGGUCGGGGAGAUAUGAGCAUCAUACUUGGAAAUGCGCUUAUAGAUAUGUACUCUAAGUGCGGGAGUAUUGAAAGGGCACUUGAAGUGUUCCAGAGUAUGAGGGACAAGGAUGUGUCUUCGUGGAAUUCGGUGAUAGGAGGUUUGGCAUUUCAUGGCCAUGCUGAGGAAUCAGUUAAUCUGUUUAAAGAGAUGCGAAGGUUGAAAAUCAGGCCAAAUGAGAUCACGUUUGUUGGAGUCUUGGUUGCUUGCAGUCAUGCUGGGAAGGUUGAAGAGGGGCGCAGAUAUUUCAAUCUCAUGAAGAAUAAGUACAAAAUUGAGCCAAACAUAAAGCAUUAUGGGUGUAUGGUGGAUAUGUUAGGGCGUGCUGGGCUACUAGAUGAAGCAUUUGAAUUCAUAGAAAAAAUGGAGAUUGAACCCAAUGCCAUUGUUUGGAGGACUCUGCUUGGGGCUUGUAGAGUUCAUGGAAAUGUCGAGCUG